AUGAAGUAUCUACCACUCCAAGAUUUCGACGCCGUCACUGGCGCUCUGAACUUCAACACCCCCGACUGCAAUGUUACCGGCGGAUGCGAUUUGUACACGACGAAAUCGACCGGCUCAGAUAAGAAGCUCUACAAGAACAUCGACAAGGACCUGAGCUCACAACAUGCUGCGCUUCUUAAGCUGGGCGCCAGCCUGUCACCGCCAGACCGCGAAGCCAUGUUGGCUACGUCACCAAACAUGCAAAUGUUCUCGCACUCAAGCGCGUUCGGCCCCCUAUCCGAGUUGUCAAGUCGUCGCACAUUCGCUUAUCUGAUUGCGACUCUGAAUGCGAGUCACCAACACUACGACUUUUCGCACGUCCUGAGACCAGGCGACUUUAAGCGGGAGAGAAACCUGCGACGCGUCAUGGGAAAUCUCGACUCGAUCCUGCAGAAUGUGAGACCGCAUGUCGAGGCACGCCCGGUCGAGCAGGCCACAUCUUCCGAGACCAAGGCGGUCUGGGGCCCACAAUGUUGGGCCAAGAUCGAUAAAGAGAUGCGCCUCAACGAAUGCACAGUUUUCAGCUACAACCCGGAUGUCGACCCUUUUGAGGAGGACGAAUCAGCCAUAUGGGCAGCGCACUACUUCUUCUUCAACCGCGCCUUGAAGCGUGUCGCUUAUCUCUACGUGCGCGUCGUCCCUGUCGUCUCAUCACAAUCACCUCGCCUGCAGCCGGCGCUUCCGGGAUCUGUGAAGCGCCCGCGAAGUACCCAGUUUGAUGCGCUCAGUGCAAACAAGCGCGCCAAGUACUGGCUUGGUGAUCGCGAUGCUGAGGUUGUCGCUCCUUAUGAGGACGACGAGGAGCAAAGCGACGGCUUCCUCUGGAAUCGAGGAGCCGACGGCGAUCUGGUCCCCUUCUCAGACGACGACUACACUGACGAACAUUUCUACUACGACGAGGAAGAGGACGAUGACAGUGUGUCGGACCGGAAGAGCCCGGUUCGGCGCAUGAGUGAGGACGUCGUGGCCCACAUGGAGAUCUAA